CAAACGGUCCUUUCAUAAAAAAACCAACCAAAAUUUGACUUCUGAAAAAUUUAGUCAUUGCCGAAACUUUGCUGUCAUCAUGUCGAAUUUGUACACCGAGUUGAAGAACGAGUGGAGCAAACAUGCCCCGAAUUUGGCCCAUUGCUCCCAUCUGCUGGAUGGUUUCAAAUUGGAGCUGGUGAGGUCCAAUUUCGGGACAAUUCAGGUCUCAUCGAGUUCGAAACAAAAGGACCAACUAAUCAAAUCCCGGGAGAUGCUGGAGAUCGCCGUGGAACACAGCAUUACCAUCAGGGAUUAUGCUGCGUUCGAGAGAUACAUGGCCCAGUUGAAUACCUACUACUAUGAUUACGACAAGUAUCUGGAGUCAUCCAAGCACAUGCACAAGUUCAUGGGUCUAAAUCUGCUCUACAUGUUGGCCACAAAUCGGAUUGCCGACUUUCACAUUGAACUAGAGCGCUUGCCGUCGGCUUUGCUGCUCCACGAUACCUUCAUACAUCCCGUUUUGGCCCUGGAGAACUACUACAUGGAGGGGCGGUACAACAAGAUACUGCAAGCCAAGAAAUCGAUGCCCUCGGAGAUCUACGCGAACUUCAUGGACAUGCUGGUCAACACGGCUCGCGAGGAGAUCGCCUCCUGUAUGGAGAAGUCUUACCUCAAGAUGGCACCCAAACAGGCGGCUCAGCGUUUGGGUCUGCGUCCCGGUUCCAAGGAGCUUUUGGAUCUGGCCAACAGACGUCGUUGGCAAAUGGAUGAGGAGGGGAACUACGACUACGCCGGACUCCAUACCAAAACAUCGGAUAAGGUCCCUGCCAAGGACAUUGCCACCCAUAAUCUCACUUAUGCCCAGGAGCUGGAGAAAAUUGUUUAAAUUGUAUUUCUAAUCCCCUCAACCAGAAAAUAAUGUCCGGAAUUUAUGCAUUCAUCUUAAAAUCAGUAAAUACCGAACCGGAAAUUUGUCAGAUUUAAUUUUUCACACA